UCCAAAAUAGAAAAACAGUUGGGAAACUUUUGAACCGGCAAGGACAAGUGGCAGUAUUGUUGGUAUUUCUCCUCAAGGAGAUGGAUCAGCUCAUUCCAGUUGUUAACAAACUUCAAGAUGUGUUUAAUACCGUAGGAUCAGAAGCUAUUCAACUUCCUCAGAUCGCAGUAGUUGGGGCCCAGAGCAGUGGCAAAAGUUCUGUCCUUGAAAACCUUGUAGGAAGAGAUUUCUUGCCAAGAGGAUCUGGUGUUGUCACACGUAGACCAUUGAUUCUUCAGUUAGUUCACACUCCACCAAAGAUUAAGACCACAGCUUCAAAGAAGUCAACCAAAGUAGAGAAACCAAAAGGUGUAGAAGAUGAUGAAGAAGGAGAAGCUUAUUUUUCAGAUGAUGAAGGUGAAGAAACUGAAAAGGAUGAUGAAGAUCCAGAGGAAUGGGGAAAGUUCCUUCACCUGAAAGAAAGAAAAAUAACUGACUUUAGUGAAAUAUGCGAUGAAAUAGAACGGGAAACUGAAAGAGUGACUGGAAAUAACAAGGGAAUUUCAAGUGAGCCAAUCAGACUGAAGAUUUAUUCACCAAAAGUUCUGAAUUUAACACUGGUAGAUCUUCCUGGAGUGACAAAAGUCCCUGUUGGAGAUCAGCCACUAGACAUCGAGCACCAAAUUCGUCACCUUAUCCUUCAAUACAUCAGCAAUCCCAACAGCAUUAUUCUCGCUGUUACACCUGCUAACAUCGACCUUGCUACAUCAGAAGCCAUCAAGAUUGCCAGAGAGGUUGAUCCAGAUGGAAACAGGACACUUGCCGUUUGUACCAAGUUGGACCUAAUGGACCAUGGCACUGAUGCUUUAGAUAUUCUGUUUGGAAGAGGUAAAAGAAAAACAAGUAUUUGAUUAUCCUUUAUCAAAGUGAGGCACAGUGGCCUCAUGGUUAGUGCACUCAACUCUGGAUCGACUGCCCUUAAAGAUGAAGGGACGUUCUUUCAAAAGAACUAUCCAGCCCUAGCUUCUAGAAAUGGGACCCCUUUCCUUGCGCGGACACUGAAUAAGCUCUUAAUGCACCAUAUUAGGAAUUGUCUUCCCGACCUGAAGUCACGUGUCAAUGCAAUGACAUCACAAUACCAGCAUUUACUGCAGAGUUACGGAGAACCAGUGGAAGACAAGGGCCCAGUACUUCUUCAGCUCAUAACGAGAUUUGCCUCUGCAUACUGCGCCAUUAUCGAGGGGACUGCUCGCGAUAUUGAAACAACAGAGCUUUGUGGAGGAGCGAGGAUAUGUUACAUUUUCCACGACAUUUUUGGUCAAACACUACAGAUGAUGGAUGCCAUGGAGGGACUUUCCACCAAAGAUAUCCUAACGGCCAUUCGAAACGCGACGGGUCCCCGGCCCGCCUUGUUUGUCCCAGAGAUUUCAUUUGAACUUUUGGUCAAGAGACAGAUCCGUCGACUGGAAGAGCCCAGUCUCCGAUGUGUAGAGCUCGUCCAUGAAGAGAUGCAGAGGAUUGUGCAGCACGCUUUCAGUCAGGUAAUGGAGGUGAAAAGAUUUCCGCAACUUCAUGAAAGAAUAGUAGAAGUGGUCACUAAUCUUCUGCUUCGCCGACUUCCCUCGACUAACGAAAUGGUAGAAAACUUGGUGGCCAUUGAACUGUCUUACAUCAACACAAAUCACCCGGACUUCACGGACAGUACCUCGAUUUUCUCCUCGAUUGCCAUGAAUCACGAAAUGGAGCGCAAACGCUUGAACAAGUUAGCACAAAGCAAUCUCGUGAAUGGGCCUUUAGAGGGUGUCAGAUCACAGACAUCCACUCCUGAAUCCAGUCCGCUCCACAGACCCGACGCCAGUGUGAAUGCAUCUCCUGCUAUCAGUCUUCCCGCGGAUAAAGUCCCUGCUUCCUCGUCCUCAGGUGGAGGCCUAACGUCAUGGAUAACGGGCAUGCGUAGUAAUAGUGCCCAGCCUACCGUGGACCGAACAAGUGCGGUGACUGGACCGACAAAGUCAUCAGCCACGGAAGAAAUGGCCUUACCAUCGUCUUUCAGACAAAGAGGGUUAUCAGAUCGAGAACAAAUGGAUUCCGACAUAAUCCGGAAAUUAAUUAAGUCAUACUUCAUGAUUGUUAGGAAAUCAAUUCAAGAUAGUGUCCCUAAAGCUAUAAUGUGCUUCUUGGUGAACUUCGUCAAAGAAAGAAUUCAGAGUGAGCUCGUCGAGAAACUUUAUAAGAGUGAAAUGUUCAGUAUUCUUCUCGAGGAAGCAGAACAGAUGCAUAUCAAGAGAAAAGAGGCGGCGGAAAUGCUUAAGGCGCUCCAGAGGGCAGGACAUAUUAUCAGUGAAGUAAGAGAUACACACAUUUGGUAAUGAAGACUACAGGUGAAGAGAAAAACCUCAAGAAUCCAAAAGAAAGGAUCGAUCGACCAUGAUAUUGUGUUAACGAUGUAUUCAAAUACGAAUGAGUAAGAAGUGUUGUUCACUCUGAAGAAUUUAGGAUUCUCUUUUUUCCUGGGCUUUCUCUUUAUUCAAGUAAGGUUUUUGCAACGAGAUACCCUUGCGGUGGAAGUUGGUGUCAUACCAAACCUACCUGCUUCCUGUGACGUUCAAAAUUUCAAGUGACGGAGAUUGCGCGAAUGCUUUACUGCUUGGUCACUACAGUUACCGUCACGAACAAUACCUCCGUUAGAAAAUUGUUAUUUUUUUUUGGAAGUUUCGUUCGCAGUUUUUGCUCCAAUGCUUGUAAUAUACUGGUGAAAAGGAAUGAUGAAAAUACUGUAUUCGUGCUCUGA